CGAGCCGGACACACGUAUUGUUCAACCACCAAGUUUGCAAAGUUCGCGAUCGCAAUGGCAGCCGAGACUUACGGACUUCGUUACUACAACGAAAAAGACAUCUUCCCUAAUGACGUCAUGCUGGAGUAUACCGAGGAGUGCUACCUGCCCUGGCCGAGGUCUCCUGACUCCGGGCGCUCGAGCCUGGAGCCGACCCCAUCCUUGGACAGCAACGAGUCACCAACACACAUCGCCUAUCGAGGGAUGCCCAACGAUAUUGCUCUAGAAGACAGUGUGGAAGAUGGGGAAGUUCUAGAAGGAUCUGGAAAGAGGAGAGGACGAGCGACUAACGCUGCCGUUCUCCGUAGGCGUCGUCUAGCAGCAAAUGCUAGAGAACGAAGAAGGAUGCAGAACUUGAACAAAGCUUUCGAUAGACUUCGCGGUCACCUACCGUCUUUGGGGGCUGACCGUCAACUAUCCAAGUACGAAACCUUGCAAAUGGCGCAGACUUAUAUCGCAGCACUUUACGAGUUAUUGCAGUAAAGGUAUGAAGAUCAUUAGAGAUAUUAGAUGCAGGCUUUGUUAACAUCAAGGCGAUAAACGCUAAGUGUUACGUAAUGCUAAAACUUGCCAAAUUUUAUCUAGAAAUAGGUAGUACAGGGAUAUUUAUUGUUUUAAUCUGAUUGCACUCGUUACCAAUUAGUGUAGUGAUGUUGUGAAGAAAAUAUUGUUAGAAAAAUCAAAGGAUAAAGUAGGAUAUUUUAGAAUCGAUUAGUUUAUCGAAUAUCUUCAGGUAUAAUCGAUUAUAUAAAAUAUUUGGGUAUAAUACGCUUUUUAAAUUAGAUUUAGUUUUAAUU